AUGUCCCCAGACCACACAAUGUCCCCCAGACCCACAAUGUCCCCCAGUCCUACAAUGUCCCUAAAUCCCCCAAUGUCCCCCAGCCCCACAAUCCCCCCAAUGUCCCCCAACCCCUCAAUGUCCCCCAGUCCCCCAGUGUCCCCCAAU